UAAGGACGCGGAGCCCCGUCUCGACCCACACACUUCUGACUCCGCUCUUCUUCGCACACUCCCUCUCUCUCCCUCGGUCGGGGUCUCUCUCGCCGCGCCAUGGAGACGGCGCAGGAAAGGGAGGUGCAGCUGCUGCAGAGGAGGCAGGCGUGGCCGUUCCACACGAUGGGGAUGGGGAUGGGGAUGGCGACGGCCGGCGGCGGUUGCUUCGACGGCUACGGCGGCGGCGGCGACUGCUUCGUGCUUGGGUGGGAGCAGCAGCAGCAGCACCCGGCGCCGGCGGCAUUCGGCUGCUUCGGCCUCCUCGCCGCCGACGUCCACGACCUCUUCCCACUCUUCGCGGGCAUGGAGUCGCCGCUGCCGGUGGUGGUGCCCUCCUCCUCGGCGCUGGCUGCCGCCCCGCCGGCGUCGGCGCCGGCGCACGACGCGGUGGCCGCGGUCCCCGGCGAGCUCGACGACCUCCUCCUGAACUUCUGGGACGCGGGCUGCCCCGACGGCGACGUGGGCGAGCAGCGGCACGACGACGCCUUCAAUUCCAGCUGCGUCAGGCACGAGCAGGCGACGACGACCUGCCCCGCCGCUGCCGCCGCCACCAACUCCUCCUCCUUCCACUACGACGAUGGCGACGAUCCCUUGAGCUCCAUUUUCUGCACCGGGCCCACGCCGCUGCCCGCGGAGAAAGCGGUGGUGUUCCAGGCCCCCGCCGCAGAGCCCCUCCUCAGCUCGUCGUCCUCCAACUCCAACUGCCGCGGGGCCCCGCGCGCCGGCGGCUCGGGCGGGGCCCCGGCGCCCGCUCCCGCUCACGCUCAGGCUCAGGGCGUCGCGGCCACGCCGACGCCGACGCCGGGCGCCUCGCGGGCGCGGACCUCGCCGCUGCCGAGGAGCUCCGGCACCACCUCCACCCCGUCGCGGAAACGCGCGACACGCGAAGAAGCAGAGUCGUCAUCGGCGGCGGCGGAGUGCGGCCGGGGCGAGAGCAGCAAGCGGCGGAGGGGGGCGGCGGCGGCGGGGGUGCUGUGCCCGUUCGCGCUGCUGAAGCCCGACGGCCUGGACGGCGGCGCGACGCUGGCGGACAUCAACGCGCGCAUCCUGAUGCGCCCCGCGCGCCCCGUCCGGCACCCCGUGGGCGAGUUCGCGUGCGCGCCGCGGGUGUCCGCCGACCAGCCCGGCAUCUCCGGCAAGGCCGUGUCCAGCUUCACGCGCCUGCACACCCCCGGCCGCGGCACCAUCACCAUCAUAAGGACGCGAGGCUAGUAGUGGCCGCACAGUUGCUGCUGCUGCUGAUGUAGAUUAGCUAUCCUAAUUCCUAGCUAAGUGACUGGACCUCCCAGCUGCAAUGCCGUGUAAAUUAUAUGACGAGUAACUUGUAAAUCGAACGAAUAAAUCUCAUCUUCCAACGUAUCUUCAGUCGAGUA